UAUUAAAAUGAUAUGUUCAACUAGCAGUGCUUUGCGGUUGAUGAUUGUUUAAGGUUAUGCGUUUGGCAAGAAUACAGUAACAACAUAGUGUAUGCUAUCGCUAACCAGUGGCAUGGGUGAUUAGCUUCUCCCCUUGCUAACUGGCUAAUGACUGUUAGCAUGCUUGUCAAACUCAGCUUCCUAGAGCGGAUUGUAUAGCUAACGAACGUCGCCCAAAUUUGCUUUGCUUGCAACUUGUAACUGACAAAGAUCUAUUUUGGUAAAUUAGGUUUUUGUAUGAAUAUCUGGAGAAUCGCCAUGUAUUGCAGUUGGCUUGCCUCAUACAUGCCUGAACCAAGUUGGCCUGCAUGGGGAUUGUGCCAACGAGUGUUCUUUAGUAUUGCGUUUAUACCAGCACUACAUUUCCACCUAUUUGUUAUUUCGUUUGUUUAAAAUAGGUGGAUUUGUUAUUGACCAGAAGAACCUAGGUUUAAUAGGUUAUCGUUUCCCUGGAUUAGUCACGUCUGCACUCGGAGAGUAUGAUGCUACAUUCAAGCCUUCGGGGGAAAAUCGUACAUUUAAGAGACAUCCUGGAAAUACAAUUAAUAGCAGCUUUCUGAUGUUCCUUUUAUAAUUGGUCAGCGAAUAUCCCAGAUAACCAUUUCCAUUGCGCAAUGCUUGUUACUACCAGGCAUACAAUUGCAUGAGAUUGUAGUGAAGUAGGGUAUUAAGAUAACUCCGUUUUGUGAGAAUAAAAUACAUCGUUAUGGCACGUUACUGCUUGUGUUGGGAUAAAGUAACGUGACCGUGUCAUAGGGCGGUUGCAAAUUAUCUUGUUGAUCUCUGUUUAGUCUUUUUAGAGAAAAAUGUGACAAUUCAGUUUCUAUUCGGUGCCUAUCACCACCAGGUUGUGUAAAUGUAUGUUUUCCCACAGGUCUAGAAUGUAGCGUGCGCCCUCCCUUGAAACUGAGCAUGCGCAGAACAUGUUGUAAACAAUGAGACUAUUCCAGACCGUCUCCAGCUUUGUGUCUACAGUUUAUCUGUGCAAAAUUAACAACGGUAUCCCUCAGCUCCGCGUGUAUUAAAUAAAAAUGUUCCAUGGGAGCUGAAGCAUGGAGGUGGUUCUGAGCAGGCUCAGGGGGCUAAGUGCUGAUGAACUGCGCGAGGAGUUUGCCCGAGCAGGCGUCAAGUGUGGUCCUAUUACCGCUACCACCCGAGCCACCUUUGAGAGGAAAUUAGCUCGAGUCCUGGCCGGGCCAGAGAGCGGCGCCACUGAAUCGGACAACAGCUGCUCUUCAGCGGGUGUCUUGGGCGGUGCGGCCUCCAAUGCAGAUUAUGCCAAACCUGUGUCAUAUGCCACAUCAGCAGUGGCUCCCACCACUGCUGCAACAAGCGGCAAAUUCGCUGCGGCGUCCGGCGAAGAGCCGGACUUCGGCUACGGUGUGGGUCUCAACCCUCCAGAGGAAGAUGAGAUCUCCAUAAACGCAACCUCAAACAGCUCUGGGGAAGGCAGUAACUCUCAGUGCAAAACGGAAACACCUUCAAAGUCGGCAGAAGUGUCCCCAACCUCUUUUUUUGGAGUAUGUCCGCUGUGGGAAGAUGUUUUGACUAGAAAUGAGAGAGCACACGUGUACACGGAUAAGAAGGAUGCCCUUCAAGCUGUUAAGACGAUGAAGGGAGCCCGCUUCAAAGCCUUCCCCAACCGUGAGGAUGCUGAGAAGUUUGCUAAGGGGAUCUGUGACUACUUCCCCUCCCCCAACAAAUCUACACCAUGUGUAUCUCCUGUCAAACCGGGCCUGGUCAUAAAGGACAACAUGGAGGUUGAUACCAUCAACCGGGAGCGGGCCAACAAUUUCAAGAGCCCACGCACCCAAGACCUGACCGCCAAACUGAGGAAAGCAGUGGAGAAGGGCGACGAGGUGGCCUUUACCAAGCUGGUCUGGGACAACCCACGCUAUCUCAUUGGUUCAGGGGACAAUCCCACAAUUGUGCAGGAGGGCUGCCGGUACAACGUAAUGCACGUGGCAGCCAAGGAGAACCAGGCAGGAAUCGCCCAGCUGCUGCUGGACACCUUGGAAAACCACGAGUUUAUGCGCCUCAUGUAUCCAGACGACCAGGAAGUUAUGCUGCAGAAACGUAUCCGCUACAUUGUAGAUCUUUACCUCAACACUCCAGAUAAGGCUGGCUUUGAAACACCGCUCCACUUUGCCUGUAAGUUUGGGUGCCCAGACGUGGUAAAUGUGCUGUGCUCGCAUCCUGACAGCGAUAAGAACUGUAAGAACAAGGAUGGCCAGAAGCCGUGUGAUCUUAUUUGUAGCAGAAAAAAUAAAACCCAAGAAGUGAAGCAGAAGAUAAGUGACUAUUUGGAGGACCGCUGCUUUAUCCCUUUGCUGAGGGCGACCGACAACACCUCUCAGCCCGUCAUCGGUGGUCUGUGGUCACCUGAGUCCUCAGAAAGUCUCUCGCUGGCCCAGCGUCACACAAGAAGCCCAAUGGAUCCCGUGAUGACUGUCACAGCCUUCGCUGGCCCACUGAGUCCUUCUAAAGCAGAUGAUUUCCGUCGGUCCUGGAAGACACCGCCCAGAGACAGGGCGGAGCAUUUCCACCACAUUCUUAAGUCUGAUCCUGACCGUGGGGCAGAGAGAGUGGGCAGAGACCUGGCUCAUGAGAUGGGCCACCCAUGGGCGGAGUACUGGGACUUUCUUGGCAGUUUUGUGGAUCUGUCUUCAACUGACGGGCUCCGCAAGCUGGACGAGUACCUUAGCAAGAAGGAUUUCAGCCCACGUGCUCACGAAGAGGCUGGGGAGAAUGAGACCAGCAACAGGUUCAAAACCCCCUCUCCAGGCAAGCCCAAAAAGUUCUGCAACUCCGUCUCUGUUGGUGCCUUCCUGGACGAGGGUGAUGACAUCAGCCUUGAGGAGAUAAAGAACCGGCAGAACGCAGCGCUCACCAGCAUCACGUCCUCUGCCAAGGACUGCCUGAAGGGAGCAGUGGGCGGCCACGAGUUCCACAUCCUGCCCAUCCCGCUGCACCACCGCGGGGCUGACCUGAUCGAGACGGCGGCAGAGCGGGACCUGCUGUGCUGCUGUGACGACAGCCUCCUGACGCCCGGCAUCGUCUGCAAAAACGGGGUGUGCUCCUCCUGCAGAGAUAGGACUCACAAUGGAGACCAGGUGGCUCCUCCUCGCACCUCUCCGUCCUCCUCCUGCCUGCUGUCGCCCAUCUCCAAUCUCAUGGCGGAGUUUGAGCGCAUGUCUCUGCAAGAGCCGCCGGACAGCCCCACCAGCUGCAGGGAGCGGAGGAGCAGUGGCGGGAGCCGGCACAAGGAGGUCCGGGACUCCUACAGCUCCUCCUUGGCCACAGACCUCAGCUCCGGGCUGAACCGCCUAUCUCUUGGUCACAGCAGUCAGGAUGGUGAGACCGUGGAGGGGUCAGAGGAGAGGCGCAGCAGUGGCAGCUCAGAGGAGUACUUUGAAGCAGAGGAGAGUCUGGAGGUGUUGGGCAGGACUAGGGGGUCAGUAUCAGGGGGGCGCAACUUCUGUGCUCGGUCCAAGUCGUGGGACCAUGGGGGGAGGGACCUGAGCAGCUCGGGAUCCUCUGGGUCCUCUUAUAAGUCCUUGGAUAACUCCAAUGAGUUCCUACCCAGGACCCCACCGCACAUUAGAAGAGGACUUUUCAUUGACGGGGAUUCACCGUCCAAGUUGGACCAAGAGGUCCUGUCGGCAAUAGAAGGCUUAGACCUCGACCCCCAGAAGUAUCCCAGCAUUCACAAGUGGAAGAGCACAAUGGAGUCGUACACGACGUCGGACAUGCAGAGCUGGCCCAGCCCCGCGGUGGUAAAACCGCGACUCAGGAUGCAGCACCAAAGUCUUGGGUCCCCGGUCAGCGGCCUGAUGUCUCCCACCGGUCGCUUCAGUCCUGGCCGGCACGCCGCCUCGCCGGACUUCAGCCCCAGCCGUUACAGCCCUGCCAAUGCAAGCUACAUCCAGCGCAUCCGCCUCAAGCACUUGAACGAGCCUAACUGACCACUCUUCUCCCCCACAACGGCCAUAACCCUCUCCUAUUCCUAACUCCCCCCCCCCCACCUCCCUUUCCCCCUUAAAAAUCCAGCUGCACCGAGGUGGCUACACCACGGCUCAGAAACCCUAUACCUAACAGGAAUAUGCACAAGUGUCUGGAAGAUUUGUAUUAAUCAUUUAUGGUACUACUCCUAUGUAAUACAGGAACUCUCAUCACGUUGGGUUGUGAUGUACACUCAAGACUUUAAAAAGGAAAAAAAAAGAAACCGUGAUAAUUUAUGUACUGUACGGAUGUGGGCCGUGUUGAAUUGACGGUAAUGUUAUUUGUGGCAAGUGUGAAGCACCUGUAUCAUAGCCUGAGUCAACUUUUUUGAACAUUGUGAAUACAAGCCGCACUCCCCAAAGUUAGUUCGUCACUAAAACAUUGGUGCGGAAUCCUCAACAGGAUUCUGUCACAGAGGAUGUUCUUUUAAAAAAAAAAAAAAAAAAAAAGUAAAUUGUCAAUAUUUUAAAAGUUAUUUUUUGUAUGUUGGUCAGUAGCACAAAAAUGUAAUGUUUUUAUUAAUGGUGUUAAAAGCGACUGCCAUUUCCUAUGUUUUCCUCAGUUCAGGAAUUGCCUUAAUUUUCUGAAGUGUUGGAGCAGCUCUCGGUCAGUUCGGACACUCUCUCUAGCUCCUACGUGAAACAUGUGGAAAUAGCAACCUCACUGGCUGCGUCAUUCACAGAUGAAUUAGGGCAAACAUCGGAAAAACUGAUUCGACUGAGAUCUUCCAUGUUUUUAUUUUGUUCUUCAAUAAAUGCAUAUAUUUUCCAUCUUUUCUCGGUGGUUCCUGGACACGUCUUGACUUUUCCUUUCUGCCACAACCAGCGGCCUUAGACUGAGCAAUUUGUAUUCUUUUCUCCGAAAUGUCUUUCACGCACAAGCAUCUCCCACAGUGUGAGGAAGAAUAUAAAAAUCAGUCGUCUGGAAAGUGAAAUUUCAAAUUUCUCGUCUGGGCUAAACCUUAAAAUUACCAAGUCUGAGACCAACUUUAAGCUGUAUUAAGCUAUUUUUAAAUCACUAGGGGGCUGAAAGACUCCACAACUAAAUAAUGUAUUUAUUAGCUUAUUAUAGACAUCUUGUUAAAGAACUGCCUUACGCUUACAGAGAACCCAACUGAUUAGAUGAGAGCUGCACAGAGUUGGAUGUCUGUUCCCAGUGGGAUCGGCAGCAUUCGCAACCCUUUUCACUGUAUAAAGUUUGAUACAGUGUUCAUUUCACUUAAAAGAGCUCUAAUGCUCUAAUGCUCAAAGUUACAUCAUGAAUCUCUUCCAAUGGUUCAAAUUGGCUGACAGUAAACUCAUGUACACACGGCAGGUACUUGCAUUUUUUUCAAAACAUGUAAUGGUUGAAUGUGAAUGUACUAAAACCUGCUAUACCCAAAUUGUUACUUCGGGAUGAAUUCACUGCUGUAUGAGGGCUGAUCAGCUACAUCUAGGACAAAAAAAGCCAACCGUUUAAUAUUCAGAUUGAGAAACAAGUGUUCUGAAUGUACAUUUUUUUGUGAACUAAACCUUUUGUCCGAGAGCACAAACUACUUCACUGAGAAGAUUGUAUUGUUGUCCGUGUGCUCUCAGGUGGCAACAGAUCUAAUUCUGGUCUCUGAAUGUUUAUGAAUGUGGAACUUUGCAAAAAUGCACCUAAAAAACUUAAAACAUGCUUCUUGUGCUUUUAGCAUUCUGUGCUUUAUUAAAAGUUAUCUUUCAUGGUGAAUUCUUUCUGUAUGUCUCAACCUCAUUUGCUUUCAGCUAAUCAAUAAAACAUCACUCCUACUCAA